GUGUGUGUUGAGAUGGGUAAUGUGCGCGACAGGAGAGCACGCUUUCUUCUCAUCUCCACACACUUUCGCAAGAUCCGUGUGUGAAAUGCGGCUUACACGGAGACGGUGGACUAUCUGCACCAUAAGCAUCCUGCUGAUAUUCUACAAGACGACAGAGAUGAGCAGAAAUGAAGCGCAUCAGAAGACAGGACUGACAGGGAAGUCUGAGCCCAGUUCUACUAGACUGAUGGUCAACGGCUCCAAGAAACUGUUCAGCUUUAGUUUAAGUGAUCUGAGUGACAUGGGAGUGGGAUGGAAGAUUAAUGCCACCAUUGUGACCAUCAUAAGGAAGGACGUGCUUCGCUUCUUGGAUGCGGAGAGAGACGUGUCUGUUAUCAAGAGCAGUUUCAAACCGGGCGAUAUCAUCCACUACGUUCUGAACCGGCGCAGGACAUUCAAUGUUUCUCAGACUCUACACAGUUUACUUCCCGAAGUCUCUCCACUAAAGAACAAGACGUUCAAGACCUGUGCUGUGGUGGGGAACUCGGGCGUUCUCCUGAAGAGCGGGUGUGGGAAGGAGAUAGACAGCCAUGAUUUUGUUAUACGAUGUAACCUCGCUCCUCUAGAGGAGUUUGCAGAUGAUGUGGGUUCGAGGUCAGACUUCACCACUAUGAACCCGUCCGUGAUCCCGCGGGUGUUUGGGGGUCUGAGCGACGAACGACAGCGGGUGCAGUUCAUCCGGCGUCUACAGCAGCUAAACAACAGCGUGCUCUGGAUCCCGGCCUUCAUGGCGAAGAGUGGAGAGAGGCAUGUGGAAAUCGUGAAUCAGCUCAUUCUUAAACACAGACUCAAAGUGCGCACGGCAUAUCCUUCACUCCGCCUGAUCCACGCCGUACGAGGGUACUGGCUCACAAAUAAGAUAAAUAUCAAACGACCCUCUACUGGAUUAUUGAUGUACACAAUGGCUACGCGCUUCUGUGAUGAAAUCUACCUGUAUGGAUUCUGGCCUUUCCCCAAAGAUGGCAACGGAAAUCCUGUUAAAUAUCAUUACUAUGACGGACUUAGAUAUCGCUAUUUUUCUAAUGCGGGUCCCCACCGCAUGCCGCUGGAGUUCAAAACGCUGAAGAGACUGCACAGCAAGGGGGCGCUCAAACUGACCACGUCGAAAUGCACACACCCUUGACGUGCAGAACUCAAGUGAAGACUAAUGUGUUUCGAGCUUUGGAGAAUGAGUGUGCCUUCAACUGCAAACUGGUCAUCCUGUGACACUUCUGAUUCGUUUACUAUAGAGAAAGUGCAAUGCUUUACACACUGAACCAACUACUGUUGUUUCCAAAUGACAAAUGAAACAGUCCUGCUUAGUGCGUUGACAUUACAAUCUUGGUAAGUGAUCUUGUCUGAAAAUGUCUUACACAAAAGUUGCCAAAGAUACUGUAUUUUACAUAAUUCUUUUUUGAUUCACACAAUUCAGAGACUCCCAACCUGGUCACACAUGUCCAAACAGCUACUUGAGCAGGUUCUUUGCAGAUCCCUUUUAAGGGCAAAAAAAACUCCAAAAGUCAAAUCGUGUGUAAAAAAAGGUUUUAUGAGUUUGCGUUGAAUUCCAGUCAUAGCAUAUGGUAACUUGGCGAGUCUGAUUUCACCCACAGUAUCCACUUUUUAAUUGACUGGAAAUUUUAAUAAUAAGUGUAAAUGAUCUUCUAUUAAUGUGAAAUAAAAGGAACACAUGUCUGGUUGAACCUUAUGGUUACACCUAAAAAAGGGAGCCACUGGUAUAUAUAUCAGUCACAGAUUACUGAAUGUAUUACAUGUAUGUUGUCAAAGUCAUUUAGACCAAUCACAUGUACUGCUGUAUGUCAGAUUGUAUUGGCAUGCCUCACAUUAUUUAUGUGACAUUACAUUGUGUGUGUUACUGGUGAGUUAUGUACAAACAUUCUGAGCAGAUUAUUGAUGCAGGAUUAUUUUUAUUUUAAGACAUGAGCAAAAAAUGUAAAUGUAUAACGUUAGGCCUCUCUGAAUGAAGACAUGCAGUGCCUUAGAGUAUUCAUUUACAGUUUUGUUUUUCUACU